CCCGGAUCUGUGCAGUUUUCGUCUCGUAAACCGUAGUCUUGCUGACUUAACGUACCCUGAAAUUGGUAAACAUGUUUCACUGCUCAACGUCUCUUCGUCCGUAGAGGAUUUUGUCCUACACUUUAGAGAUCGUAAGAAGUCGUCGUGCACAAAGUCUUUGACCGUCUAUCAUGGGGAGUGGCCGGUGUGUUCGCGAAAGGAAUGGCAAGUUCACCCUCUCUCCCUUUACGAAAUUCAUCCACGGGCUUUCUUGGACGCUGCCAUAGACGAGGUUUUUGAGCGCUAUCUCCGUUUCACAUCACUGCAAUGGGACAGACCCAAUCUCAAAGAUCCCAGUGCGUUUUCCAUGCUACUUUCAACGCUGCCACAAGUCAAAUCCCUUACCUUGUCUCCUCUGCGCCUGUCAUCUCGCCAUUGUUGGUCCAUCAAUAAGAGAAUUGGUCGCCUAAGAAGCAAAAUGUGGAUUUCGCCUUCUUUCAACGACUCAAUGGCACCUCUGAUAGGUGCAUUCCUUUCCGUAAGCGAAAGAUUCCCUCGUAUCAAAGAGCUCAUCGUCAAAGGCAGGUUGAACCCACAAGACGUCUCUCUUACAGCGGACACCUGCGUUACCAGGCUUGAAAUUGUCUCCUUGGUGUCCGUGGGUGCUCGAUCCGAGGCCUUUCUCGCCCUCAUCCACCGAUUUCCCAAACUUGAACACUUGAGUGUCAGACUUGAGACGGCGAACAGUAUUCAUGUGCCAAUCUCAGUGCAUGGUAUUCAAAUUCAAAGCCUACGCAGUCUGUUCCUCGGAAAUCUGUGGAUAUCUGAAACAUGGUUGACACGGAUCAUUGACCAAAACAGUUGCAUGAAUACAGUCGGGCUUACAGAUAUCACAUUGACAGAAGGAACUUGGCAAUCUUUCUUUACUCGCCUCAGAAACAAUAGCCGCUUGUUGAACUUCACCUGUAACGGUGUGCUAGAUGGAACAAGCCUUGACUGCCCUGCCCUCGUGAUGGAAGACGAUAAGAGGUAUUUAUUGUACCGAUUUCUAAACUAUGAACAGUCGAGAUGGCCGUUUAGGGUAUUCAAGUUUCGGGAAUCGAUUUACGUUUAAGUGUAAUUCAAAAUGAUUGAGUCGAGUCAAGUAGAUUGUUGCGUGAGAAACAUAUGAAUUUGCUAUAAAGUCUGUCUGUUC